AUGGAUAUAGGGGGUUUGCAGACAGUGGUGGCCAAUUCUGCCUAUAUCUCUGCCAGGGGCAGUUUUGAUGGGAAUACCAAUGUCCAGAUGACCAGAGAUAAAAAAUUCCGAGCCAAACUCAAACUUCCUCACAUUACUCAAAGUGAAACUCUUAAAGACAAGAUUGACCUGGAGUUUGAAAGUAUCUGUGUCAAACAGCCCAUCGGGAAACGACUCUUCCAAGAAUAUUUAGAGAGUGUGGCAGAAUAUAAACCUGCGAACGAGAUCUGGAAGGAUAUUGAAACCUACAAUACAAUUGAAGAUGAAGAUCGGGUUCAGAAAGCACAAAAUAUCAUCAGCAAAUACUUGGAGUCGGGGACUAAACUUUACUGUAGUUUUUUGGAAGAGAAGAGUAUCCUGAGAGUAAAGGAAGAUUACCAAAAUGUCAGGGACGACCUCUUUGCAGAGUCCGAAGAAGCCACUGUGAAGUUCUUAAAAGAUGCUCCCUUUGAGAAUUACAAAGAGAGUAUGUAUUUUGAUAGGUUUCUGCAGUGGAAGUGGCUGGAGGCUCAACCCAUUGGAGAGGAAUGGUUUCUGGACUUCAGAGUGCUUGGCAAAGGAGGAUUUGGGGAAGUGUCUGCCUGUCAGAUGAAAGCAACGGGAAAGUUAUACGCCUGUAAAAAACUGAACAAGAAAAGAUUGAAGAAAAGAAAAGGAUAUGAAGGUACUAUCGUGGAGAAAAGAAUCCUUGCACGGGUUCACAGUCGUUUUAUUGUCUCCUUAGCUUAUGCAUUUCAAACCAAAGAAGAACUGUGUCUGGUGAUGACAAUUAUGAAUGGAGGAGAUUUAAGGUAUCACAUUUACAACGUUGAUGAGAACAAUCCAGGUUUUGGUGAAGAUAGGGCAUGUUUCUACGCAGCUCAGAUUGUCUGUGGCAUGGAGCAUCUCCAUCAGAACAAGAUUGUUUACCGUGAUCUCAAACCAGAGAAUGUUUUGCUGGAUAAUGAAGGACAUGUUCGUAUCUCUGACCUUGGGCUUGCUGUAGAACUUGGUGAAAAUCAAACCAAGACAAAGGGCUAUGCAGGAACUCCAGGUUUUAUGGCCCCAGAGUUGUUAAAAAGUGAAGAAUAUGAUUAUUCAGUGGAUUAUUUCACGCUGGGUGUCACAGUGUAUGAAAUGAUUGCUGCAAAGGGACCAUUUCGAACCAGAGGAGAACAUGUUGAAAACAAAGAAGUAAAAAGACGUAUUCUUAAUGACCCAGCGUCUUACACAGAAAAAUUUAGUGAGCCAUGCAAAGCAUUUUGUGAGGCUUUGUUGGAGAAAGAUCCCAAUAAGCGCGUUGGAUUCAAAAAUGGAAACUGUGAUGAAUUAAAAGCACAUAGCUUCUUCAAAGAUAUCAACUGGAGGAAACUCAAUGCCGGUAUACUCCCACCUCCCUUUACUCCAGAUUCCAAAACAGUAUACGCAAAAGACAUCCAAGACGUGGGUGCCUUCUCAACUGUGAAAGGUGUUAAUUUUGAUGAUCCAGACAAGGAGUUUUUCGAUGAAUUUUCAACUGGAAACAUUACCAUUCCAUGGCAAGAAGAGAUGAUAGAAACAGGGCUCUUUGGAGAACUCAAUGUGUGGGGACCAGCUGGUGGAUUACCAAAUGAUUUAAGGAGAGAUUCUAUUCUGGAGCCUCCUCCUUCCAAAUCAGGCGUGUGCUGCAUUGCUUAAACAUGUAAAGAAACUGUUCUAGGCUUCAUAUUUUAGGAAUAGAAUGGCUCAUGUACAUACUUUGAAGCUUAAGGGGAAUUUCUGAAAGAU